CGCCCGGCGCGCGCGCGGCAGCGAGCUUUGAAAGCCGAGCUGGCGGGCGGCUAGGCGGCGCGGUGCAAUGGUGGCGUUGCGGGGCCUCGGGGGUAGUCUGCAACCUUGGUGCCCGCUGGACCUCAGCCGGGCCUGGGUGGACACAGUAUGGGAUCUGGACUUCACAGAGACGGAGCCUUUGGAUCCCAGCGUAGAAGCAGAAAUCACAGAGAACAGACUGAGUGUGUUCACUCAACUCUAUGAAAGUCUUUUCCCCUUUGCUACCGAAGAACAUGGAUCUGCAGAGAGCAUUUGGACCUUCUUCAUGGAGAACAGUGUCUCCCACAGUGCACUGGUGGCAUUAUUCUAUCACUUUGUUCAAAGAGUCCAUAAGAAAAACGUCAGUGUGCAGUAUCGAGAAUACGGCCUGCAUGCUGCUGGACUCUAUUUUCUGCUGCUGGAAAUACCAGGCAGUAUAGCCAAUCAAGUAUUUCACCCAGUGAUGUUUGACAAGUGUAUUCAGAUUCUAAAGAAGAGCUGGCCUCAGGAGUCUAACUUGAAUCGGAAAAGAAAGAAAGAACAGCCUAAGAGCUGUCAGGCUAAUCCAAGAGGGAAUAGAAAAAGAGUAAAACCACCCAGGAAAGAGGAUGUUGAGAUGGAUGAGAUUAUAGAAGAACAAGAAGAUGAAGACAAUAUUUGUUUUUCUGCCCGGGACCUUUCUCAAAUUCGAAGUGCCAUCUUCUAUGUAUUGAAGAAUUUUUUAAGGCUUCUGCCCAAGUUUUCCCUGAAGGAAAAGCCACAGUGUAUACAGAACUGUAUAGAGAUCUUUGUGGCAUUAACCAGUUUUGAACCAGUUCUUCAUGAAUUUCAUAUUGCACCAGACAGAAACCUUAACCAAGCAAAGUACAUACCAGAACUGGCAUAUCAUGGAUUGUAUUUGCUGUGUUCCCCAAUUCAUGGAGAAGGAGAUAAGGUUAUUAGUUGUGUUUUCCAUCAACUGCUAAAUAUCCUGUUAAUGCCGGAAGGAGGUGAAGGGUCCCAUCGCACCCCCUUGACUAUUACUUCACAAGCCAGUCGUAGCAGGAACCAGGCAGUGCAGUUUAUCAGCUCACUUGUGGAUGAACUAAAGGAAAAUAUAUUCCCGGUCCUUCGUAUCUUACUCCAGCACAUCUGUGCCAAGGUGAUAGAUAAAUCAGAGUAUCGGAAUUAUGCAGCCCAGUCCCUUGUCCAGCUGCUCAGUAAACUUCCUUGUUUGGAAUAUGCUACGUUCAUUGCCUGGCUUUACAAAUAUUCUCGAAGCUCCAAGAUCCCACACAGGGUUUUCACUCUUGAUGUUGCCUUAGCUCUCUUAGAGCUACCUGAAAGAGAGGUGGAUAGUACACUCUCCCUGGAGCUUCAGAAGUUUGUAAAGCAUAAAUUCUUGGUGCAGGAAAUCAUGUUUGACCGUUGUUUAGACAAGGCACCUACUGUCCGCAGCAAGGCCUUGUCCAGUUUUGCACACUGUCUGGAGUUGUCUGUUGCCAGUGCAUCGGAGAGUAUACUGGAACUACUGCUUAACAGUCCUGCAAUUUCAGUAAUAGAGAGCCACCCUGGUACCUUACUGAGAAUUUCAUCAGGAUUUUCAUAUCAGAGGCAGCCACUUUACCCCUCAGGAACCUCAGAGAUGAUCAGUACAGACAAGAGUGGUGAAGCAGUUGGAUCUGGGGCAGAAAGAUGCAUCCUGGCCAUGCUGAGAAAGAGGCUCCGGGACGAGAAAACCAAUGUUAGAAAGUCUGCCCUCCAGGUGUUGGUGAGCAUUCUGAAGCACUGUGAGAUCUCGGGAAUGAAAGAAGAACUGUCAAUUCUGCAGGACCAGUGCCGGGACCCUGCUGUGUCUGUCCGGAAGCAGGCCCUCCAGUCUCUUACCGACCUUCUCAUGGCCCAGCCUAGAUGUGUGCAGAUACAAAAAGCCUGGCUGACAGGGGUCAUCCCGGUUGUGAUGGACUGUGAGAGCACGGUGCAGGAGAAAGCCCUGGAGUGUCUCGACCAGCUGCUGCUUCAGUGCAUCAAGCAGUAUGAUAAAUUUCACACCACAGACGACAGCCAGGGGCUCGCUUGGGCUCUCCUUACUCUCCUUGCUACAGAAAGCCAGGAUCUGAGCCGCUAUUUAAAUAAGGCUUUUCAUAUCUGGUCUAAGAAAGAUAAAUUCUCAUCUACCUUUAUAAACAAUUUGAUAUCCCACACUGGCACGGAACAUUCUGCACCAGCCUGGAUGCUGCUCUCCAAGAUUGCUUGCUCCUUACCCAAGCUGGACUACACCAGAAUCAUCCAGUCCUGGGAGAAAAUCAGCAGGCAGCAGAAUCCCAAUUCAAACACCUUAGGACAUAUCCUGUGUGUUAUUGGCCAUAUCGCAAAGCAUCUUCCUAAGAGCAUCCGGGACAAGGUGACUGAUGUUAUCAGGUGUAAGCUGAAUGGAUUUCAGUGGUCUUUAGAGGUGAUCAGUUCAGCCGUUGAUACUUUGCAGAGACUUUGUAUAGCAUCUGCCCAGACACCACUGGAGGAACAGGAGUUACUGACCCAAGUGUGUGGGGAUGUCCUCGCCACCUGUGAGCACUGCCUCUCCAACAUAGUCCUGAAGGAGCGCGGAGCAGGGGACGUGCCGGAAGACCUGCUGGUGAAAUACAUUUUUACCUUAGGAGAUAUUGCCCAGCUGUGUCCAGCCAAAGUGGAAAAGCGUGUCUUCCUUCUGAUUCAGUCCAUCCUAGCCGCUUCUGCUGACACGGAUCCCAUGACAUCGUGUCAAGCCAACAGUGAUGCCCCUGCCUCUCAGCCACUCUCCCAGUUCAGUGGCUCCACAAUGCCUUCCGUGAUUAGAGCACACGCAGUCAUUACCUUAGGUAAGCUGUGUUUGCAGCAUGAGGAUCUCGCGAAGAAGAGCAUUCCAGCUCUUGUGCGGGAGCUCGAGGUGUGUGGUGACCUGGCCGUCCGAAACAAUGUCAUCAUCGUCAUGUGUGACCUUUGCAUCCGGUACACUGUCCUAGUGGACAGAUACAUUCCCAACAUCUCCAUGUGCCUGAAGGAUUCGGAUCCAUUCAUCCGAAAGCAGACACUCAUCCUGCUCACCAAUCUCCUGCAGGAGGAAUUUGUGAAAUGGAAGGGCUCUCUGUUCUUUCGAUUUGUGAGCACUCUGAUAGAUUCGCACCCAGACAUUGCCAGUUUUGGGGAAUUUUGCCUGGUACACCUGUUACUGAAGAGGAACCCUGUCAUGUUCUUUCAGCACUUCAUUGAGUGUAUUUUCCACUUCAACAACUAUGAGAAGCACGAGAAGUAUAACAAGUUCCCACAGUCCGAGAGAGAGAAGCAGCUUUUUUCACUGAAGGGAAAGACAAACAAGGAGAAACGAAUGAAAAUCUACAAGUUUCUUCUAGAACACUUCACAGAUGAGCAGCGAUUCAAUAUCACUUCCAAAAUCUGCCUUAGUAUUUUGGCGUGCUUCAUAGACGGUGUCCUGCCCCUGGACAUGGAGGCCAGCGAGCUCCUCGCAGACACAUUUGAUGUCCUCAGCUCAAGGGAGAUCAAGCUCUUGGCCAUGAGAACCAAGCCAGAUAAGGACCUCCUGGCAGAGGAUGACGACAUGGCUUUGGCAAACGUCGUCAUGCAGGAGGCUCAGAAAAAGCUCAUCUCGCAGGUUCAGAAGAGGAAUUUCAUAGAGAAUGUUAUUCCAAUUAUCAUCUCCCUGAAGACUGUGCUGGAGAAAAAUAAGAUCCCGGCUCUGCGGGAACUCAUGAACUACCUCAGGGAGGUGAUGCAGGAUUAUCGAGAUGAAAUCAAGGAUUUCUUUGCAGUUGACAAACAACUGGCAGCAGAACUUGAGUAUGACAUGAAGAAGUACAACGAACAGCUGGCCCAGGAACAAGAGCUGGCAAGGCAGGUGGAGGCAAGCAGGACAGCUGAAGGAGCUGAGGCAGCACCAGUGGUGCAGGCUGCUCCGAAUGUAGAAAUAAUGCCUGCUCCCGAUGGCCAAGAAAGUCCUACUGUGGACCCCGGCGUGAGCAGUCCCGGCGGAGCCCCGGGUCUGCCUCCUUCACCCAAACCUGGGCCCUUGAUGCUGGUGCCCAAAGCCAGGCCCAUGUCCCUGAGCACCAUUGCCAUCUUGAACUCUGUCAAGAAGGCCAUGGAAUCGAACAGCAGGCGCCGGAGUCAGAGCUUGGGAGUGUUGCCCUUCACUUUAAAUUCUGGAAGUCUGGACAGAACCAGCGAUCACGCCUCUUCCUACAGCUUGGACCAAGAGUCUCACGGAGCGGUUAACCAGGUAGCUCAGCGAGCAAUCAGCACACCUGACAAGACCAUCAAUGAUGUGACAUUUGGAGCAGGGGUCAGCUACAUAAGCAUACCACAGACUCCUUCUUCAGCCAAAGAGAAAACUGAAGCCCAGAAUCAAGAUAGUGAGAUUUUAUGUUUAUCAUUGCCUGAUAAACCGGCUCCAAAGCCUCAGCAGUGGAAUGUGAAGUCCCUGGCCAGGAAUAAAGAUGAGCCAACCCCCAAUAGGAGAUCUCUCCGAAAGACCCCCCUGAAAACAGCCAACUAAAACAGUUCAUUCCAGGGAGUGUCCCGAAGGCGACGGUGUACUUCAGGAGACUGCUGCUUUCCUGCCUGGGGAGAGGCAGACAAACCACUUCCCCACACCUCAGGAAACACCCGAGUAUGGAAUCCCAAAGCCGCUCCUUUGAUUCCAGCGUUCCUGAACAGUCCACCUAUGUUGUUUGCUGGAAAAUCUUCUCUAUUUCUUUUUAUGAAAUAUGCAGUGAAAAAUUGUAAAAUAAUAGAGAAAUGCUAGGUUUAGAUUUUCUUAGCCCUAAAGUGUAGCUAUUUAAUAUUAUAACUUUAUUCCAUUUGAAAGUGUCAAGUACAUUCUGCUAAGCUCUGUAAAGGAAAACAACGUAGCACUUUGCUUUGCUUUUAUAUAAAUCAAAGCCUCUAGUCGCUGAGUUUGAAUUCUUUAUGGUACAUACUUUCCCAUAUGUAAUGGCAAAAUUUGAUUGUGAUAUUUUUAUUUAUAGUGCUGAUUUAAGUGUACAGCUUUUUUAAAUUGGAAUAAAGUUUAAGCCUAAGUGCAGCCUUCCAUUUGUACAA